CCGUCACAGGCCAGGCCAGGCCGCGAGUCGCAGAGCGAGGCUAGGGUGAUGAUAGAUGAGCGUCCCCGUCGCGGCGUCGCCCUCGCCCUCGCCCCGUGGGUGCCCCGGGCAAGCUUCCGUAGCCGCAUGAUGCAUCGUCCACAGCAAGGUGUGGGCCACGGUGUCGCGGUUGGUUCCUGCAUGACGCAAAAAGGGAUGCGGAUAGAGACAUCGAUGUCAGUGUGGAGUGGGCACUCUGACUUUAGUUCUCCCGGCAGCACUCCCGCGCUUGUGAAUUCCUUUUCUACGCACGCGCUUCUGCUUUCCGGUAGCAGCACCGCGCAGCGCAGCGUCACCCUUCACCACCAUCCAACUCUGCUCUCUGCCCUCGCAACCAACCUCUCUCCUCCACAAUCCUUGCACACUGCAGACCUACCCCGGAUCAGCGUCUGCAUUGCAUUCCUCCGCUCCGUACAUCCCGUGCGCACUGCGUCACCACUCACCACACCACACGCAAAGAGAAUUUGGCUCGCCCGCUUCAGCCAAGCCAAGCCCCAAGCGACAACCGACGCCGCCCUUUCUUCCCGUCCACAUGAACCUCAGCGACUUGCUUCACUCGCAGCAAACGCAGCAAUCGCCGUCCGCCUCCGCCUCCGCCGACGACACCACCCGCCACGCACCUUCCACGUCGCCCAACGCGACCGCAUCGACGACGACUUCCGGACCCAUGGCCGGCUCCGCUGCGACAAUGCCGGCAGUGGGCGUCGCAAUGCAGAACCAGGACGAACACCGACCAGAUUUGCCGCGUCCGUACAAGUGCCCGUUGUGCGAUAAGGCCUUUCAUCGUCUCGAGCAUCAGACAAGACAUAUCAGAACGCAUACCGGCGAGAAGCCGCACGCCUGCCAGUUCCCCGGUUGCACAAAACGAUUCAGCAGAUCCGACGAAUUGACUCGUCAUUCGCGCAUACACAAUAACCCCAACUCACGUCGCGGCAACAAGCAACAACAUGUCGCUGCCGCCGCGGCAGCUGCUGCCACUCCGAUCCACCAGCCGCCUCCACCGAUGAAUCCCAUCAUGGCACCUCCAGUUCAGAAGACGACACAUUCAGCCCCCAACUCUCAGUUGAGCUCUCCUAACGUGUCGCCUCCGCACUCUCAUGCGUCUACAUACACCAGCACUCCAGGCUCUUAUCUUACUCGCAACAGCAGUGGCGAUAUUAGUCCAGCGCAAGGUGGCAGUCUCCAUCGACCGAUGGAUAUCAACCUGCUGGCCACGGCGGCAUCGCAAGUCGAGCGUGAAAACAACACUCAGCUACCCAAUCCACACUUGAAUCUACCGACGAGGCAUACCCCGUACCAUCAUCCGUACAACACUGGUCGCAUGCCCUCGCUUUCUUCAUACCACUACUCGUCAAAUCCGACGUCGCAGCCUAUGUCGAGAUCACACUCGCAUGACGAAGAUGACCACAGGCCAUACAAGAAGUCGAGACCAGGCUCUCCACAAUCCACCGCCCCGCCAUCGCCAUCUUUCUCGCACCCAGACACUUCUCCAACUCCCGACCAUACCCCACUUGCAACACCCUCGCAUUCUCCGCGACUUCGCCCGCAGUUUUUCCACGCGAAUGGCGUUCAGCUUCCGACAUUGCACCACCUAUCUAUGGCUCACCAACCACCUCCGGCACUAGCACCGGUUGAGCCGUCGGCUGAUGGUCAGCAGCCAUAUGUUCCAGCUCAGCACAGCGGACUGAGAAUCAGCGAGAUCAUGGAAGCUGGUGACGGCGCUCAGCGAAAGCUCCCUGUGCCGAUGGUCGCAAUCAAGGAGAGCACGUAUCAAGUCAAAGAGAUCAAAGACAUUUCCAACCCGGGCAGUGGCAUUUGCAGCGGCCAAAGCAGUGCACGGCAAAGCGAGGCAGGCAACGAUCUUUCAGAACGAAUUUAGGCCUUUGCAGUCGUUCUAACUCGAGUACACUGGAACGACAAUGAAUGCAGAAUGACAGAACCAGUCAAUUGAUAGAGUAAUGGACCUGGCCUUUCGGGCACAGUCACGGAUAGAUUAUGGACACAUGACCGAAUACUUUUUAUUGAUUUUAUGGCGAGGAGUUCUAGCGAGAUAGAUCGGAAACGGCGAACUGUGGCGAAGAGAAGAGAAUUCGCGGUCGCGAGACCUGCUGGGAUGGGUUGGCGAAAUGGCAGUGGCUAUAGCAAUUGGGUCUGAUACUGAUAUGCUGCCAUGAUUACCAGCGGUCGAACCAGACUGGAAAGUGAAGGGGGGGUUUUUUUAGCUCUUGAGAGCUGAUGCAAUGCGCCAUUCAGUCGCUCGUCGUAGCGCCAGCACCUGUUUAUUAUUACUACACUACUGGCAAUAGAAUGCUAUCUCGUCUC